AUGGAAGCUUUAUCUUGUAUGUUGAAGAAAGCUAAAGAGAUUGGUAUUCUUAAAGGUAUCAACUUUACCGAUCAGGAAGCCGACAUUACGCAUUUAUUCUAUGCAGACGAUGCUCUCAUUUUGGGAGAAUGGUCUCGCGAGAACCUCGAGAACACGGCUCGGAUAUUGAGGAUUUUCUAUAUUUGCUCGGGUCUUCGCAUAAAUAUUCAUAAGUCAAAAUUAUUUGGAGUUGGCACCAAGGAUAAUGAAGUUGAUAACAUGAUGGAGGUUUUGGGGUGUAAGCGUGGGGCUUAUCCAUUUGUUUAUUUAGGGAUCCAAGUUGGCGCUAAUAUGUCCCGGAUUAGCAAUUGGAAUGUGGUAAUCGAAGUGGUAAAGAGACGUCUAGAGUCUUGGAAGGCUAGGACAUUAUCUAUAGGAAGACGUUUGAUUCUUAUUAAAUCAGUUCUCGAAAAUCUUCUGAUUUAUUAUUUUUCUCUCUAUCAAGCUCCUAUGGCGGUUAUCAAUAGCAUUAAAUCCAUUAUGAGGCGAUUUUUAUGGGCGGGCUCUAGUGAAGAAAAAAAGAUUCCUUGGGUAGCUUGGGAUGUGAUCGCGAGACCAAAAAACAACGGUGGUUUGGGUAUAAGUUGA